AUGCGAAUGCCUCUGGCUCAACUGCCUCCCAAAGCGCGCGAGUUGAAUGUGCAUGGGGUUGUGUCGUGGGUUGGAAGUUGUCAGACAUCCAGUACAGGUGAGUGCUACCGACAACUGUCGGUGGUGGAUGAGACGGUGAGACAUGCCAUGUGGGACAAUGCCGCGCUGAAGGUGAUGUUGUUUUUUAAGCAGAGAGCAGCAAUGCUUGGCGAUGGCUUGAAGGUGCAUACGUGGGGGAGUGCAGGGACGUGCCUGGUAAUGGAAAGUGCUAUGGUUGCACUCAGUGACAAUCUGUACAACGGCAAACCGCAACUGAAGAAGUCCGGCAAGGCUUUCCGGUGGGUUUACUUCCCCAUGCCUACGAGGCCGAUUGCAUUUGGCGCGUCUGGCUCUGUAAUGAUGUGCCCAAGUACUGUGGUGCAAGGCCCAAGCAAGUGCAAACUUCACAGACUUUGACAAUCAGAGAGUGGGGGAAUUGGUCUUGAUGUUCCACAGAAUCAGUCCCCCGUCUGUGCCAUCUGCCGGUGGCGACUCAGCAGGCGAUGACCAGUCACAGCACACAGCGCAUCUGAUACCAACUCGUACUUCGAAAAUCCGCAGUUUUAGGCAUGAAGGCAUGACACAGUAGCUAGCUUGAUCGUACAGGUCAGU